GCUAUACAGAGAAAUGGUGGGUUUUCUCUAUGUUCUCCUCUCUCUGACUGCUUUACAAGUGGAGUGUUUCAGUGGGGGAGGAUCUUCCAUUGCUACUCAGUGUGGCUCAAUGGUACCUGAUAAUAUUCAUGGCAACACAGGGCAGAGCUCUCCCUCACCAUACACUGUCACUGUCAGCCAGACCACCUACCAGCCAGGAGACACCAUCCAAGUGACUCUGUCAGGAACCAUCCCUUUUAGUGGGUUUCUUCUGGAGGCCCAUGAGGAAGGAAAGAACACCGCUGUGGGAACGUUCUCUCUCGGCAGUGGGUCUGGGAUCGUUCUUGUGUCGUGCAAUAGGAUCGCAGCCUCUGGGGUGAGUCAAAGCGACAAUCAGCCUAAACGAACAGUAACAGUCACCUGGACAGCACCAGCCUCAGUCUCCUUGGGCAACAUCGUAGUCAAGUGA